AUGAAGCAGCAGGCCCUCGAGUUCUACGUCGAUGGGCAAAAUUUCACGGUCCACGAAGAUCUCAUCAAGCAGGCCUCGUCCUCUUGGGAACCCGAAAGUCUGUUACGCCUUCCGCGCGGCCCCUGGAGCGGACACGAAUUGCGUGGAAUUCCGGCUUGGGGCUUCCGCGGCUUUGUUCACUGGAUCUACAACAACGAGCUACCUAAAGAGGCUAUGUUGAAAGCGAACCGCUGGUGUGCAGCAUGGCUGCUGGGCUCUAUCACAUUCGUCGGAAGCUGGAGCAUGACCAUCUCCAGAAUAAGGCUGUCACUCACGUCUUCCGCGCAUAUGAGAGCAGUCAGAUUGUCCCCAACUGUCAGCGGUUGA